AUGGCUUCGUUACGGUGCGUUUCAUGUAUAGCAAUAUUUUCAUUACUUAUAUCAUGUAUUUUCGUAAUAAUUGGUAUAAUUGGUAUUGCUUUGGGUCCUCGAAUCAUGCAAAAUCAAAUCAAUAAACAAUUACCAUUAACAGCUGACUCUGAUCAACUUGCUGGAUGGUCAACACCACCAGUUCCAAUUUAUUUACAAUUUUGGUUAUGGGAAUGUACUAAUCCAGCUGAAGUUGUUCGAGGUGGAAAACCAACAGUUUUUCAACGUGGUCCAUUUACUUAUUUAGAACAUCGAAAUAAAGCCGGAGUAUAUUUUAAUGAAAAUUAUACAGUUACAUAUCGUCAAGUAAUAUCAUAUACAUUUCUACGUAAUAUGUCUGCUGAAGAUGAAUCAGUUAAAAUAACAAUGGUUAACACACCCAUAGUUACUAUUGUUUCACUUAUUCGUAAUCAAUCAAAUAUAACACAAGAAAUAUUUAAUUUUGUUAAAGAUAUUUAUAAGGAAACAUUAUUUGUUAAUCGUACAGCAGGAGAAUGGAUUUGGGGUUAUGAAGAUCCAUUACUUAAAGCAGCAAGAUCAAUACCUAUUUUGAAAGAUUUAAUACCUGAUGAUCAUUUUGGUUAUUUUUAUGGAUCAAAUGGAACUGAUGAUGGAUUAUAUACAGUUUUUACAGGUGGAAAUGAUAUCACUGUAUUAAAUCAUAUUAAUAAAUGGAACGGUGUUUCAUCUUUACCUUAUUGGAGAACUCCAUGGGGUAAUCAAAUAAAUGGAACUGAUGGUUCAUGGUUUCCUCCAUUAAUUAAUAAAGAUCUUCAAAGUGAACGUUUAUAUUUAUAUUCAACUGAUAUAUGUCGUUCAUUAUAUGCUAAAUUUGAACGACAUUCAUCUGUCUUAAAUAUUCCAACGGAAUCAUUUUCUAUACCAGCAGAAGUUUUUCUUAAUUCUACACUUAAUCCAGAUAAUAUUGCUUUUGGUACGACAGAUUCAGGUGUUCUUGAUGUUAGUGUAUGUCGACAAGGUGCACCUAUAUAUAUAUCAUUACCACAUCUUCUUUAUGCAGCUGAUCAAUAUAAAGAUCGUCUCGAAGGUAUCGCACCAAAUGCAGAUAUUCAUCGAACAAUACUUGAAGUUGAACCACAUACAGGACUUGUGUUAAGUGCUCAAAAACGUUUACAAAUCAAUGUUUUUCUUCAACGUGAAGAACUUAUUUAUGAUUUUAAAAAUAUAGCAGAAGUUAUUUUACCAGCUAUAUGGAUAAAUGAAUCAACAACUAUUGAUCAAAAAUCUGCCGAUGAUUUGAAUAAUCAAGUUUUACGAUAUUUUACUAUUAUUCGUUGGGUAUCUACUGUACUCAUUCCAGUUGGUAUAAUUCUAUUUAUAACAACACUUGUUUUAUUAAAAAAACGACGUUCGAAAGAUGAAUCUACUCCUUUACUUUAUGCCGGAUCAUCUAAUACAAUUGCAUCCGAUCAUGAUUAUUAA